ACGCAUGAAAAAGACUCUGCAUAUUGCGUCUUUUUUUAUUUUAUUUUGAUCUUGAAAGGGAAAACAUGAUGAGAGGCAAAUAUCUAUCUUGAUACUCUCACUUUUUAUUCAACAACACAACCAAAGUCUCAUCUCAUUUAUCUCUUUACCUUUUAUUAUUUCAACAUUAUUAUUUGCAUUUAUAUACAAUCAACAAUUAAUCUUUUGAACCAGAGUCUUAUUUGGUAUCAAUUGUAUGUGUCAAAAGGUAUUGUUAGGUGAAGGGUUACCCUUGUUUGCCAGUUUGCCAUCCCCAUCACAUAAACAACAAAAAAAUCCCUAGCUGUUUCUUGCUUCAUUUUACUCUAAAAAUUGUGUUUUUAAUCGACAGUCAACAUGUAAAAUUCAUCUAUUUAUGUUGAUUGGAAAGUGUAAAUUAGUGACAAAUCCAUUCAUCUCAUAUUGUCCAUCUUAUAGCCUGGAUUAUUGGUUUACAGUUCUUCACUUUUGCUUCAACUUUACAACCCAAGAUUAAGUAAACUAUGUGGCGUCCCUGGCGAAAAUCAUGUGGAAAUGAAACUAAUGUCCGGAGUUACGUUCCCUGUGAGCAAUGUGAAUCAUCAUUAUCCAUGAAUACAUACACCACUCUCACACCUAGUAAUGCAAUCUCUGUGGGUAAUGAAACACUCUUACACCGGACUCCGUUAAUUCAAGAACAGUCGGAAGCAUUAACCAUCAAAAGCGAUUGUGCAUCAUUAUCAGACGAUGAGAUCACUGGAUCAGAUACCUACCGUUCCAGGUAUUAUUACGAUUCACCUAUUUCUGGAUCACCGCCACCUCCUUCAAUCUACUAUCCAUUGGAGAGACCCUAUUUGAUCAACAGUGAAUUUACCUCACAGGCCAUUCCCACUUUACCUGUUGCCAGUCCUGAAGUUAUCAACUUUAUUAAACAACGGGAUCUUGACCGUUUAGUCGAUCGUAUUGAGAGCUACAAUUGUAAUGAUAAUACCAUAAACUCUUUUGUUCCUCGAACCAUGGUAGACAAUGAAACGACUGAACCUUUCAUCCCAACAGAAGAUGAUGUCCCUAAUAAGCAAUCUUCUAUCUCGUGUUGUGAUGGUUUAACUUUACUCAGUGCUCUUGCUGAGCAACGGGCUCUUGAAGAAGAAAGCCGACUAGAAUAUGACCGCUGUUAUUCUAGUUAUCCCUACACGGAAUAUAAACCAACCAGUCUGUUAACGCCACCAGUUUCAUUGGCCAGAAAGAUUAAUUCAGAGCCACCAGAACGUAUGCAAUCAGUUGAAAGACCAAUCAGUACUAGCUCUACCGAUUGUAACUUUAAAGAAGACAGUUGGUCCGAUGAACCUACCUUUGAACCUCAAUCGAAUUCUCCAAUACCAACAACUUCCCCUCCACCUCCUCCAUCUUCAAUUGAUCUUCCGCCUAUCACCACUCCGUCAUCGAAUUCUGAAACUAAUGAUUCAUCAUCAGUCACUCCCUCCGAAAGUAACACGGAUAAAAUCAAGAACGAUAAAGUGUUAAUGAAAGAUUUAAUUCCAGCUAUUGACCUUCCUUUAAAGAAAAGGAACCGUCAAUCAUCAUCUUCAUCUUCCAACGAAUAUAAUUUCACACGUCGAAGUGAAAGAUUAUUCGUUCUUGAAUCAUAUUUUCUCUGUGGGAUCAAACCACCUGACGCCCGACGCGAGUUAUUUGAAAAAACUCCAUCAAAGUCGAAAAAAGCGACCCAAAAAGAGUCUAAACCCAAUUCAUCGCCAUCAUCUACACAAUCAUCAACGACGCCAUCAUCAUCAUCGACAACACCAUCAAAUCAUAAUACAUCAACUUCCCCAUCAAAUUCAUCAUCUUUGAAUAAGUCUUGUCAGCAAGCAGAGGCCGUUAUAAAUAACAAAUGUGAUUACAAAAGUGAGGAAACAAAAGUUAAAAGAAAGAAGAGGAAUCUAUUCGAUAACAUGAAUGUUGAAAACGAUUCCUCUAUAAAGCCUGUCAAAAAUGUAAAUAAAUCGAGAUAUACUAAAAAUACAAAGAAACCAAAUAAUACAAGUAAUAAAGAUUAUGAUAGUGAUAGUGAUAAUUCAGCAUUUAUUAAUGAAGAAUGGAACUGGUCUGGUCCCGUAAUCAAAAAAGUAACUGGAAAGUGCAAGGCUAAAAAAACCUACUAUAACGAAAUAACCCGUGGCAAAGAGGUUAUUAGAGUCGGCGAUUGUGCCGUAUUUAUCUCAAAGACAAAAUCAACCUUACCUUAUGUUGGACGAAUUGAUUCAAUGUGGCAAUCAUCAAAUGGAAGUAUGAUUGUUCGCCUUAAAUGGUUUUACCAUCCGGAGGAAACCAAAUCUCAACCAAAUCUCAAAGAUCUGAGGGGAGCUUUAUUUGAAUCGGCUCAUUUCGAUCAAAAUGAUGUUCGUACUAUACUUCAUAAAUGUUCAGUCCUACCGUGGGAAGAGUAUCAAUGUUGCCUGAAAGAGAAUCCUGAACAGUUAAACUCCAAUUCUCCUCCAAAGCUCUACUAUUUGGCUGGAUAUUAUGACGCUGUCACCGGAAAGGUCCAAUGUGCGCCUGAAAUUCCUAUGAAAGAAGCUUAAAAAGCUUAAUUUUUACCUUCUGCAUUUAUCUCGAACCAGCCUUCAUCUUUUUCAAGAAUUUCUUUUAGCUUCACUCACCUUUUUUUAUUCCUACUAUUCCUUCUCUUUAUUUAUGAAAACCCUUUUCUUUUUCAUUUUUCGCCCGAUUUCAAUCUCAUAGUAUUAAGUAGACAGGUAGUUUUAAAUCUCUUUCAGCUAUUUCAUUUCAAAUGAUUGAUAACUAUGGUAUAUGAUUUAUUAGCUUGUUUUGAUUUCCAUUUUAUUAAUUAAACAAAAUUUGCAUUUCAACUUGAACCUAAUUCCAUAUUUGAAAACAUUUACUAACAACUAUUCAUAAUUUUUUACCCUUUACAGCAAUCAAAUUCAAUUGAUGAAUGAUCAAUGCGCUUGAAAUUCAUAUAACCACUGUUAUUUGAAAUUUUUAUCAAUAAUUAUUUAGAUUGAUAGUUUAAAGAAACUCAUUUUUGACCAAUCCUAUGAGAUUUUUCAAUAGGAUUUUCUCAAAUAAAGAAAAUUCAGAAAAAUCUUUCCUAUGGAAAUUUAAUGUCAAAAAAUGAUUAUAAACUUCAUAUUAUCAUUGAUUAUGGGAACUUCAAGCUCAAUUGAUAUUUUUUCAACUCUUGAUUUUUGGUCAGUUUUAGUCUGCAACUGCAUUGCUUGCAUGAUUUAGCCAAACUCAAAUUCAAGAAUAUUCAAUAUUCUUUAUCCUGUGCAAAUUAAAGAGCAAAUUUUGUUUGAUUAUGAUAGUGAAAACGAAACAAUUAAAUGAUUUGACCAUAUUAUUUGAUCAUUUGAAAUGAAUUAACUGCAAAGGUUUGAAGCUUUCUUGUUCACCUAAUAUUUCUUCAUUUGAUAACACUAUUCCUCUUUUAAUGAGAGGUUCGUUAUGUUUGUGUCAUCACUCAAAUUUUAAGAAAUGUUUCUUUGUCUCCUUUUGUCUCCUUUCAUUUUGAAUUUCAAAUGCAAGUUCCAUCAUUAAACCAGUACUUUUCAUCCUCGUUAAAAUAAUCAAAAUGUCUUCAUCUUUGGUGAAAAAACAACAACAAUUCAUCAUCAAUGUGAAAGCUUUAACUCUAAAAUAAAAAAAAAAACAUUUAUUUUCAUUCUUUAUUAGUUUCAAUCCACCUUCUCAAUCAAUUUGCUUAUCCGAAUGGUUUGCUUCACAUUUUGGUGUCAUUAUUAGCUGAUAUUCAAAUGGAUUGAUAUGUUGAAAUGAAACUCAUUGAUAUUGAUUAUCAUAGUUGUAUUUGUAUCUACUUAUUACAUUAUUAUGCAAUUAAAAUACGAUUAAUUUUUCCA